GCUGAGCCGCCCGGAUUGAUCGUCGCUCGACCUGAGAACUAGAUCACAGCCCUGGUCGCUGGCUUCGGCGUUUCUAAGCCUUGGGUCCUCAUCUUAGUGUGCAGGUUAAGGACACCCACCUCCGUCGUUCACUCAGCGGUAGUUCGCAGUGGCCCGGUGGCGAGCCACCAAGUCCUGGAGGUGCUGUGAGGAGAAAGACGUUUCCGGGUUCUGCCCUCGAUAGAAUUCGUGGGGGCAGAUGGACAGAAACGAUAGUGUUAGGAUCUGUGAAGGAAAUAGAGUCACUGCGGGUCUUUUCUCCUUGAGGAGGUGAUGUUUAAGUUAAAAUUCGAAGGAUGAAGGAAGCAAUGUAAAACAGCUCAGUCACAGGAGAGAAUAAACGUGAAGGAGGCCUUUGUGGUAGGAAAGAACUCAGCGUUCUGGGAACAGCAAGUGCCCAUUGUUGCUGAAGAGCAAUAUGGCAGGAGGAGAGUGGCACAGGAUGAGGUGGGCAGUGGCCAGAUCACACAAGGUUAGGCCAUUUGAAAAAUGGAGGGGCAAGUCUGAAAGCAUGGAAACCAGUGAGGAAGCAACCACCAAGUAAUGCGUAUUCUGCGGGAACUCAAUAUUUGUUAAUAUUAGCUUCCACCAUCUGUUCUUCCUUCCUAAAUCUUAUGCAGUGAUUUCGCCCUUCCUCUAGGUCUCCCUACCCUUUCCCAGGUUUUGGUUUACUGAUAAUGUUUGCUUCAGUUCUUGGUGAUAACCUGUUGGGUAUGGAAGGAAGAGUUGUAUGUAUAGAGUGUGCAUCCACACUGAUGUGUAUAUGUACUUAUAUAAGCAAUGAAGUGUGUGUAGGUUUAGACUUACACUUAGGAAAAGGAGGAGUUGGCCAAACUUUCUGCAUCACUGAAAGGAAAUAAACUUCUUUCCAUUUUAAAGGCAAAUUGGAAAAACCCUUCUAAAAUGUGAGAAAUUCCUUUCAAAUCAGAGUGAAAGGGAAUUUUUGCAUAUAAAGUGAUGUUUUUUGCUUUAGUUACUUAAGCCUAGAGAUGGGUCUUCAGGGUUGUUUCUUUGGUCCAGGAUUAAGAAUGUAUGUAGUUGUAGUUAAUGCUCUGCUUCUCAAACUGUAAAACCCGGGGAUGUGAGAGGGAAGCUACAGGAUAAAUGUAAAUAUAGUCAGCAAAGUGUUAACUGCUUUUUACAUACCAGGUAUUGUGGGUAGGCAAUACAGGGGAGGACAGAAUGGAUAUGAUCACUAACCCUGUAAGAGUGUAGUUUUGUGGGAUAACAGUUCCAGACACAAAUCAACACAAAUAUGUAAUUACAUAACUAUACUUGUGUUAAAAGCAUUACGAAGGAAAAGAAUGGGAUUCUAUAAGGGGACUAACCCGGGGGACUUACUUUAGAUUGGGUGUCAGGGAAAGCCUCUGAGGAAUUGACAUGUAGUUGAAGGCCUGAAGAUAGGCCCAGUACAUAUCUUUUGAUAAACAUGGGUAAAUGCAUUUCUGUUGAGUACUGUAUAUACUUAGAAAUGGAAUUGCUAAGUCGUGGCUAUCAAUUUUGAAUUGUGAUUUUGAGGCAUCUGUAGAAAAUUUCAGUGUCAGCAGAAAUUUGGGGAUGUCUGUCUCUAGAACUCAGAAAAGAGAUCAAACUUGUAUUGUGGUAUGGGAGUCAUUGUACAGUUGAUAAUGGACGCAAUAAGUAUGAAUAAGAUCAUCCAGAGCGGAGUAAGUUCCAUAAAAAGAGGACCAAGAACUAAACUUACGGGAACACCAGCAUUUACCUGGUGAAUACUGAAAUGGAAAGCCAUGGAACAGACAUAGAAGGGGUUGGCUAGGAAACUCAGGAGAGUUGUCACCGGAAAGAUUGUAUAAAACAUUGAGAAGUGUUCAUCGGGUUUUGCUGCGGAAUUCAUAGUUGACUUUGCCAUUCCACAGAUUUUGAAGUACACCGAAACUGGCUUGCUAUCACUCACAGUUUGCCAAUAUCACAGUGGUAUUAUGAGGCAACUUCAGAGUGGACCUUGGAUUACCCUCCAUUUUUUGCAUGGUUUGAAUAUGCCUUAUCACAUGUUGCCAAAUAUUUUGAUCAAGAGAUGCUGAAUAUCCAUAAUCUGAAUUACUCCAGCUCAAGGACCUUGCUUUUCCAGAGAUUUUCUGUCAUCUUUACAGAUGCACUCUUUGUGUAUGCUGUCCACGAGUGCUGUAAAUGCAUUGAUGGGAAAAAAGCAGGUAAAGAACUUACAGAGAAGCCAAAGUUUAUCCUAUCAGUGUUACUGCUGUGGAACUUCGGGUUGUUAAUUGUGGACCAUAUUCAUUUCCAGUACAAUGGUUUUUUAUUUGGAUUAAUGUUACUCUCCAUUGCACGAUUGUUUCAGAAAAGGCAUAUGGAAGGAGCAUUGCUCUUUGCUGUUCUUCUACAUUUCAAGCACAUCUACCUCUAUGUAGCACCAGCUUAUGGUAUAUACCUGCUGCGGUCUUACUGUUUCACUGCAAAUAAACCAGAUGGGUCCAUCCGAUGGAACAGUUUCAGCUUUAUCCGUCUUAUUUCCCUGGGACUAAUUGUUUUCCUAGUUUCUGCUCUUUCGUUGGGUCCUUUUCUAGCCUUGAACCAACUGCCUCAAGUCUUGUCUCGACUCUUCCCUUUCAAGAGGGGCCUCUGCCAUGCAUAUUGGGCUCCAAACUUCUGGGCUUUGUACAAUGCUUUGGACAAAGUGCUCUCCGUCAUCGGUUUGGAAUUGAAACUGCUUGAUCCCAACAAAAUUCCCAAGGCUUCAAUGACAAGUGGUUUGGUUCAGCAGUUCCAACACACAGUCCUUCCUUCAGUGACCCCCUUGGCCACCCUCAUCUGUACUCUGAUGGCCAUAUUGCCCUCUGUUUUCUGUCUUUGGUUUAAACCUCAAGGGCCUAGAGGCUUUCUCCGAUGUCUAAUUCUUUGUGCCUUGAGCUCCUUCCUGUUUGGGUGGCACGUCCAUGAAAAAGCCAUACUCCUCGCAGUUCUCCCAAUGAGCCUUCUGUCUGUGGGAAAAGCAGGAGAUGCUUCAAUUUUUCUGAUUCUGACCACAACAGGACAUUAUUCCCUCUUCCCUCUGCUCUUCACUGCACCAGAACUUCCCAUUAAAAUUUUACUCAUGUUACUGUUUACCAUCUAUAGUAUUUCCUCACUGAAGACUCUAUUCAGAAAAGAAAAGACUCUUUUUAAUUGGAUGGAAACUUUCUACCUUCUCGGCCUGGCACCUCUGGAAAUCUUCUGUGAAUUUGUAUUCCCUUUCACCUCCUGGAAGCUGAAGUACCCCUUUAUCCCUUUGUUACUGACCUCAGUGUAUUGUGCAGUGGGCAUCACAUAUGCUUGGUUCAGACUGUAUGUUUCAGUAUUGACUGACCCUCCUGUCGGCAAGACAAAGAAACAAUGAAUAAAGGAACUGCUGGGAUGUAUUCCAAGCAAUUAUUUCAUGGGAAAUUAAUCAGAACUUGAAGAAAGUUGCUGGUGGCAUGAGCCAUUCAUUUCAUUUGUUCUGUUUGGAGGACCAUUCUUCUAAACUUGGCCUUGCCCAGCCUAGCAACCUGAUUGUCACCAUGGUGAGAAGCCACUUGUCCUCCAAAAGCAAUAAAACACAUUUGAAACAAA